GUGCUAACAGUGCAGUGUUGCUCUGGUCAGAACCAAGUGGAUGCAGUAGGCCUGGGGCUGCGGGCGGGAAUCACACUUUCAGUGAUGGCUUUUGUGAGAUGAACUUGGCGAGCAGGUGGAAUUCGAUCACCUUUUGGCUGGAGUGAAGCUGGUGAAUUAAUCAGGCCAGAUGAUACAUGGCUCAGACUGCUCGCCAGCAUGGUCACCUGGUAACGAGCCCCUGUGGCCAGCCACCGCCGCGCCAUCCAGCCAGCGAAGCACACCGAUCAGGAGGCACAGCAUAGCGUCCGACAGCGGGGACACCGGCAUCGGAACCUCCUGUUCUGACAGUGUGGAAGAUCACUCAACGUCCAGCGGCACAUUGUCAUUUAAGCCCAGUCGCUCGCUUGUCACCCUGCCCACUGCCCAUGUGAUGCCGUCCAGCUCCAAGCACAGGGACUCCCCGGCGUCUGAUGGCUCCAGGUGGAGUGCGGGCUUCCUGCAGGCACUGGGCGACCGUGGUGGUGGUGAGCGGGACUCUUGUCUGGACAUGAAGAGCUCCCAGCCCCUCCGGAAGUGGUCGUCUCUCUCCAGACUCCCUGCCCCUGAGGGCUGUGGCCUGCCUGGCACCGUGCACUUGGAGCAGUGGGGGACCAGCCUGGAGAAGCCCGGGCGGGGCAAGGCCUUGGCGUCACAGUGGAGGACGGCGGGUCCCAGCUGCCUGCAUGACGGCGUGGAGGCACUCGGGCUGGAGGACAAAGAGAGUGGCAGCCGGCGGACGUCAGCACUGGACUGCAAGUACAAGUUUGAGAGCUGCAGCCCCAAGGAGGACUUCAAAGCUGCCUCCUCUGCCCUCCGGAGGCAGCUCCUGGACAUGACCUACAGUGCCUUACCUGAGAGCAAGCCCCUCACGGCUGGUCCAGACACCUUCAGGCCACCCGAGUAUUUAAUGCUGGGCCAGCAGUCAGUGGGCGGAGUGCCCAUCCAGCCCUCGGUGCGGACUGAGAUGUGGCUCACGGAGCAGUUGCGGACAAACCCUCUGGAAGGCAGGACUUCAGAGGAUGCCUACAGCCUGGCUCCUUGGCUGCAGCAGCCAGGGGAGGAGCUCCAGCUGCGUGGUGAGGCCCCGCCGCUGCAGGCUCAGCCAGCUGUGUCUCGGCAGCACUACUUGCCAUCUGACUGCCAGGAUUUCAGCAAGUGGGAAUCGAUGCUGAAGAUAAAAGAAGGACUUCUGAGGCAGAAAGAGAUUGUCAUUGAUCGGCAGAAGCAGCAGAUUACCCAUCUCCAUGAGCGAAUAAGGGAUAAUGAACUGCGGGCCCAGCGUGCCAUGUUAGGACGUUACGUAAACCGUGAAGACGCCUAUGUGGCUAGUUUGCAGCCGAAGUUCCAAGGUGCCUCCAGGCAGGCCCCCAGUGUGGAGCCAGCGGCCCAGCCCCCGACCGAGGGCCUGGAGCAGAAGCUCGCCUCUACGGAGAAGGAGGUCUCGCAGCUCAAUGACUUUCUCAUGCAGAGAGUCAGCCAGUUUGGUGAGGAGAAGAGGAAGCUGGAGGAGAAGCUGAAAACCAGAGAUAGAUACAUCAGCAGUCUGAAGAAGAAAUGCCAGAAGGAGUCUGAACAAAACAAAGAAAAGCAGAGGAGAAUCGAGACCCUGGAGAAGUACCUGGCAGAUCUCCCCACCCUGGAUGACGUGCAGAGCCAAAGCCUGCAGCUUCAGGUUCUAGAAGAAAAGAACAAAAGCUUGCAGGAGGCUUUGAUGGAUACAGAAAAAAAGCUGGAAGAGGUAAAGAAACACUGUCAAGACAAAGAGGCGCAGUUAGUGUGCCAGAAAAAGAAGGAAAAGGAGCUAGUGACUUCCAUUCAGAGUUUGCAGCAAAAAGUAGAAAGAUGCCUUGAAGAUGGAAUCCGCCUUCCCAUGUUAGAUGCAAAACAGCUUCAGAGUGAAAAUGAUGACCUCCGAGAACAAAGCGAGGCGGCGGGCAAGAUAAUAAGCAGACAACAAGAUGAACUUAACAAGAUGUCUUCAGAACUGCAGUCUAUCCAAGGGAAGCUCUCUGAAGAGAAAUCAACCACACAGAUGCUGAUGGAAGAGCUGCAAAGGAAAGAAAGAAGCCUCCAGAGGCUGACACAAGUGCUGCUGGAGAACCACAGACAGACAGGAGAGGGCUCUCUGCUGGGACUGGACCAGGACCAGGUCGAAGAGGCAGAGCCACCAAGGCAGCAGCCGGUGCCUCCCUCGCGGCCAUUCUUGGACCUGGCAGUGAUUGAUCAGCUCUUCAAGGAGAUGUCCUGCUGCCUGCUUGACUUGAAGGCGCUGUGCAGUAUUCUCAACCAGCGGGCCCAGGGCAAGGAGCCCAAUCUCUCCUUACUGCUGGGGAUCAGGUCGAUGAACUGUUCAGCUGAAGACGUGGAAGUCGACCACAGCCCAGACACGCUCAGUAAGAAGCUGUCCGAUGUGUGCCAGUUACGGAGGGACAUUGAUGAGCUGAGGACAACCAUCUCCGACCGCUACGCCCAGGACAUGGGGGACAGCUGCGUCACCCAGUGAGGCUCAGCGGAGCUGCUGCGCUCGCCUUGCGCUUCUGCCCAGGAGUUCAGCAGGAAGAUGUGAGAACACGUGGCUUCCUUAGAGGGGUGCUUGUGCAUCUGUGUUACUGAGGGGAAAGGUGUUGUGAGGAGGUUUUAGGGGGCUUUCUAGUCAGGCAAAAAAGUCAAGUUACCAUUUAAAAGAUGUGGUAGUCUACAAGAAAAUGUCUGUAUUCUGAAACUACCGAUUGUAGGGCCAAGCUGUAAACAGUGACCUCAGAAAGGGUAUAGGAUUUGUUCAUUCGUGGAGUUUUCUGGUGUGUGUGUGUGUGUGUGUGUGUGCGCGCGCAUGCACGCGUGCGCUCUACCCACAAAAUCUCUGACGAUGUCAAGGGUCACAGCACAGGGCUUCUGAGAACAGCACGUACCAUCUGCUCCUCCCUCCCUGCUCACUUUUCGGGGUUUCCGACGGGGCUGGCUGGAGCCAGGGGGGAGGCCGUGGCACUUGUGUCUCAGCAGUCACUGAGCAAGGCCGAGGCUUGGUGGCUCUUGGUACUGCAGGUAAUUCAUGUGUUACCAGGUUUAACAUAAUUUGAACUAAUUUUAGCCUGUCCCGUAACAGUUCCAGUUUCUAUUUACAGGUUAGUGCCUCACCCUGAACAAAGCCAUCUGCAUGAUUAGUGCAAGCUUCUGGGGCGGAGGUCAUCUGAAAAGACGACUGACAGUGACUGGAAACGUAGCUUCUUUAUCCACAUUUCAGUGUUUACAGUUCAACAGUUUUGUGCCUGUUUUGAAGUUUCAGCUGCUUUAGGAAAAAGCCAGCCCCUGCCGCAGAUCUCUGUGGACACUAGCACAAAGCAGAAUCUAGCUGAGCUGAGAUUUUCAUGCCUCGCGUGAGGUGCACUUCCUUAGGGUGGAGCUCUGCGUAGAAUGUGGACUUGGCCGUUCACCUCUGGAGGACAGGGUGUGAGGCGCGGCACAGGUGACGCCAAGUGGACCCGCAGCAGCGUGGCCUGCUGCCCGCGUGCCUCGUCUGGCGCUGGCGGGGGCUCCAGAGGCUGCCCUGCGCCCGCCUGCCCAGAGUGCUCCGCGCUGCACUCCUGAGUCUACCUCACUGGGCAGGCGCUGUCCUCCGUGGGCCUUAG